UGGUCUUUGUGUGAAGGCGGGGAGCAGUUGGUUCGGAUAGUCUGCUGAUUAGCAACAAACAGAAGGUUACGAGUUAGAAAUAAUUGAUUAUUUACCCACCAGAGCUCCUCCGUGGGUACAGGAGCGGGGUUAACUAUGUCGGGGGCCUAAUCGGACCUUGUUAGUUGGCUUUUGAGGACAAAAGGCGGAUAUUUGUGAAAUUUCGGAGCCUUUCGUUGCGAGAGGGAGAGAGAGGGUCCGCCUCGCUUUUAGAUCGUUUCAAGUGGCGAUGCUUUAGCUGAUAGCUGCGUCAUCAUGUUGCUUCCGAGUCGAGUUGGCGAGAAGAAAUCACAAGUUAACGCCGGGAGGUGAGGCUGCCCCCCGUCAUCCAGCCCCGGAGGCCACUCCCGACCCUUGAAGUGCGUGGAAGACGGGCUGUCGGUGGGAGACUGGCGGUGAAGCCUGCUUAGUUUACGUCGUCGUGGGGACUUUACAUCACUUGGCUCGGUGUAGUUGGCGCGAUACCCCAACUUAACUAUAUUUAUUCCAUCCACUCUAGGUUAUAAAUCCGUGCGAUUUAAAUUAAUGUUGUUUACGGGAAAAUAGAAAGUGGAAGUGUAACUACUGAUAGGACGGUUUGCUGGCCGCAACUGUUUGGAUAGUGGGAAGUGAUGCUCUCAUUGACAGCUAGAACACAAGCCGGACCAUCCAGUGAGAGGUGUUCAUUAUCUGAGCUAAAACGGGCGUUUCUAAGAAGCGAUGGGAGACGGUUCUGUUAACCCCAACUGAUUGACUCUGUGGUUUUUUACUAGAUCAAGAAGGAUUGAUCUGAAUGCUGUGUCAGGGGGUCUUCUGUCAUCACAUCUACACGGACUUUGUCUACGGUCAGUUGAGAAAGUUUGGACUCCCCGUCUGGUGGGAUCAUCAGAUUUCACAGAGUUGCUGAUUUGAAAACUGAACUUAAAGCUGGUUGGAAAAAAAAAAAAAAAAAAAAAAAUGGACGGCGACUGCCCUCAUUAUACGUCCAAGAACUGGAUCGAGUCUGCGGGGCGCGGGUCCUCUAACUUUGAGGUGAUGGACGGGCUGCUGUAUCGCAAGAAGCUGGAAAAGGGCUUCAUCAACUACCGGGAGGUUCUGUGUGAGGGUCGGAGGCAGGAGGCCAUCUCCACCUUCCACAGGAGGCGAGCUGGCCAGCGCCACCUCUCCCUGGAAGAGACGUAUAGAUGCGUGGCUGAAAACUACUGGUGGGAGGGAAUGUACUUCCAGAUCAGAGACUUUGUCUUGCAUUGUCCACAAUGUAAGAGUCUGCACAGCAAAACAUCAGUGGGGUUUGGUGGGAGGAGGAGAUGUGUCUCUAAGACGGUACCGUCACACGGCGCCGACUUGCUGAGCAAGCUGAGGAGUCAGAGGGAGGCAGGGCUGUUCUGUGACAUCACCCUGCGAACGAACGGGGGAUCCUUCUCGGCCCACCGAGCCGUCCUGGCGGCUGUCAGCGAUCACUUUCACGAAGUUUUGGCUGAAUUGGACUCGAGCAAGAAUGCCGACAUAGAUCUCUCUGGUUUCAGCGAGGACAGUCUUUUGUCUCUGCUGGAGUUCUCCUACUCCUCCACCCUGUGUGUUCGUCAGGAGGACCUACCUGAAGUCUGCGCUAUGGCCCGUCACCUGGGCAUGUGGCCUGCAGUGGAAGCCUGCUCUGCCCUCCUCAAAGAGCAGGAACGGCACCUCCAUCCUCCUGGCAAGGCCUUCAGUUCAGCUCGCACUGGCUCGUUCAGUCAGCAUCACCACCAGCAAAGUGAAGGGCUUUUAAAACUUGAGAACAUGAAUGAAAGCUUUAGUCUAACACUAGAGACAUCCGAUGAGUCUUUACCAGAAAGUCCUAAGCGUAACUUGCGCAGAAUACCAAAACCUCAAGUUCAAAACGGCCUCCCUCUGAGUCCCUCGCACAGGAUGAAGCUCAUGGACUUCAAAUCUCCCUCUUCCAAAAAGGUCAGCACACCUCGCCAUGUCAAUGUCGCCUCUCGGUCACAGAGUUACUCACCGCUAUCGCCGUCAAACACCCGUCUUCUUCGCUCCUCCCCUGGAGCCGCCAAAGAGCUUCAGAGGUACCUGCCCAAGCCAGAGACGCCUCAGAAGACCAGAAAAUCCCACUCCGUCGCCCAACUCUCAUGCUCGUCCAGGUCACGGCCGGGGAUGUCGUGCAGCCCGGUGAGAAUUAAACAGGAAGCAGAGGAGAUCGGAGAGGAUGAGGAGGAUUACGCACGAGCGCAGGAGAAGUACAAGCUCAUGAAUGUCCUGGGGCUCCAGAGGACUGCUCUUCUUCCCAGACCAGAAGAUCUAAUCGGCUGGAGGCAAAAGAAACGACUUCGGAAGUUAAAGGCCAACAACUACUCACUGACAAAGCGACGGAAACCUCGUUCUUCUUCUACUGGAACGUCUUUUGAGGAUAUGAAGCUGUCACUUCCUCUCUGCGACCCUGUCAACACUCGACUCCUUAAAAAGUCGGUCAAGUCCAAGGCUUUGGGUUCCGCCCGUGCCGAGCAGAUUUCAACGAAGAGGCAGAAGAGUGUCCAGCAGGUCGUUCCUCCUACCGACAGGAGCAUGAGAAGUAAAGGGGUUUUACCGGACCUGUUCCAGCGUGCGUCCCGGCCCGUCUUUGGCGGGAGGGAACUCAGACGGUCUCUGAGGAAGAGAGAUGCUUCCCAGCAGCCUCUGCAAUACAACAGCAAGAGGACCUAUAUAAGAAAAGUGGUUAAAAUUAAAGCAGAAAUUGCUGAAUACUCCAUCUCAAGUCUCAGGCUGCCAUCAACAUCUCCAAACUCCCUGCCUUCACAGAGAACACAGACUAGAAAAAAGGCCGCUGCCGAUGCUGUGAAAACGCUGCGGUACAACAGCAGCCGACCGGGAGCCAAAGCCAAGCUCAGACGGCCGUCCACGACAGAGGUGGACGAGACGAAAGGCAAGUCCAGAGAGGAAGGAAGACCAAAAGUGAAGGAUCCUGAACCUAACGGGCUUUCUGAGCAUUUGCCUCCACCCUCUAUUUACAGUCACCCUCUCUACAGAGCUAUUAAAGAAGAACCAGCAGAACCAGUGCCAGUUGUCGGACCCUUCCCUGAUCCCCCCUCGCCAGACCUGGGCAAACGCCAGAGCAAACCCCCCAUCAAACUGCUGGACUCUGGUUUUCUGUUCAGCUUCUGUCGGCCAGCGGGGGGGUCUGUGACCGGCCUGAAGAAGGAGGAGGAGAGCGUAGCUAUCUGUCUGACGCGCUCUGUGUCUCAGGUUCCAGAAAAAUACGAGGCAGAGGAGUCUCCCCGAAGGACACUGAGAGCCAGGGGCCCACCCGGCCUUCGCGUGGUGAAGAGGGAGAGGGAGGAGAGGAGAGUUACGCUUGGACAGAGUCAAAGACACAGACUGAAGUCCAGAGACACCAGAACACACGUGGACCAAUGUGCUGGGUCCAAAACUACAAGGAAGAUGCCAAAGAGACAAAAGAAAGCCCUUGCCCUGAGCAGCAGCAGGAGCAGGAGCUGCGCCACGCUGGACGCUGCACACCGAGCCCGCCUAAAGCAGCUUCGAGGGCCUCGGAGUCAAGCACCCAAAGUCCCCAAGGCGUCCCACGCCUGUCUACAGUGUCCAGCUGCCUACCAGGACUGCGACGCUCUAAUUAUGCAUCAGCUAAGGCACAUAGAUGGAAAGCACUGGCCCUGUCCGCUCUGCAGCAAGACCUUCUUCCGGCUGAGGAAUGUUCGGAAUCACAUCCGCACCCACGACCCCAAAUUGUACAAAUGCCGGAGCUGCAUUGCAGCCGGUUCUUGAGGCAGCUGGAGACGCCUGCUUCCAGCACCGGCACACUGAAUGUCGGUGAAACGGAUACUCUCCAGGACCGAGCUGGAUGUCAAGUCGCUCGUACAUCAGCUGUCCUGUGUGACGCUGCCUGCCUGGGUUUAUCGUCGAGGAGAAAAGGGGGACUUAUUAAACUUCUGUUUGGAUUGUAGUGCAGUAUGAUUGCCUGUGCUUAUUGAUUUCCUUUCGAUCCUCUUCUCGGCGUCAUUAACAGAAGGUGUUUAUUUCGUUUUCAGGAUGAAAGCCAUCAGUGUCUCACCAGCAGCAAUCAGGCUGAAGCCAGAGGCACAUGAUGGAUCCGAAGCUUGUACAUACUGAAUCCGGUCACGCUCGAGCACAACGGUCUGCAUAUCUGCUGAUAUCAACGAAACUUAUUUAAAUAACCAAACCAAGGUUGCCGUUCCUGUUUGCUUCUUUGGUAGCUACAGAAACUUAGACAUUACUCUCAGGGGGGUGGGGACUGUGAUGCCACGGUGUAAAGCGAUUCCACAUCACAGUUGUAUAAGAAACAAAAAAAGAAAUGUAAAGUGGUUGUUAUAACUAUUACUGCUACUUAUUGUUACCUUUAUUUUUCUAUGUAUGGAUGAAUGUUGAGUGCACUCAUGUCAUAGCUUAUGUCAUAAACCUAAGAAAUGUUAAUGAAACUGAAGGUUUGGAGUCUGAGGUAGGGAAUACUUGAAGUUGUGAAAGUGCGGGGGGGUGGUAUACUUGAAGUUGGAAAGGUGGUAUUUUUCCCAUCAUGUGUUAAUGUUUUUUGGUGACUUGAUGUCUUUUGGCAUUGAUUUGGCGGGGAGUGGGAUAAGGGAGGGGUUAUACAAAGACACCACUUCAUGUGUAUUUUCAGACCAUUUAUAGUCCUCUGUCUUUUCUAAGGCUGCAGGGUUUAAAAAGGGAAGUGUCUCUUUUUUUGUAUUUUUUAAAUGUGAAUUUCUUAACUUAAUUCAAGAUGACCACGUCCCGACAGAUGUUUUAUUAAUCUCCUCUUUAAUGCGAGACCAGAUCAUCUUGCUACUCUUUAAAAAGUUCCCCUCCUGCUGAGUAAAUGCAAUGUGCACGUACAGAGAUGUUUAUGUAUCACAAAUUGAUUUUAGAAAUAAAAGCUGUCUCCUGCUAUCUGUUAAAAGAUUAAAUAAAAUUUGCCUUUAAUAUUCUCAA